AUGGCGCCAGUCAGCUUGUUUGACUGCCCAGACGAGGUAGUCGACAGCAUCAUCAAGCUCCUCCCAGGAAACGCCAUAAAAGCCUCACGACUGACCUCCAAGCGACUUAACCGCAUCGCAUCGCGUUACCUAUUCCCGGUCUUGUAUAUUUCUUGUCACCAGCUGGAUCUCGAUGUCUUUCGCAUGGUCUCCAAGAACCCUCUUCUCAUCGGCGGUGUACGUGAGCUGGUUAUCGAUGAUACCACUGUUCCGCCGUCGGUCCGCGACUGGCCAACGUACCAGAAGGUGGUCACCUUCCCAGAGGAUGCAGAUGACCGACGCCACCAUUUGGAACUUGACGAAGGCGAGACCCUUGACCCUGAUUUUAUGAACCGGGAGCCUUCCAAGGUCAAACCCUGUGAAGAGGCCUGGGAGCUCUUCAGCAGCACCGCCCAAGGUCAUCAUGAGAACCGCCUGGCCCACGCAGAUUUCGACGCGCUCAAGAAAGCACUUCCAGGACUGAAGAAUCUCAAGACCCUCGUGCUUACCAACCGCAUGGCAGACGACCGGUUCUCGGAAGGCGCUCAAAGCAGCGUCUCAUCGAGCCCCGUGGUCAAGGUGUGGAGGCGCUUCGAAAGAGAGGGAUAUUUGCCUUUGGUCCCGAGGUGUGAUUGGCAUCCGACCACCCAAGGCCUCCAGGACAGGUCACCAGUCAACACUAUGGACUGGCUCGAUGACCGACUGGUGAUGGAUAUCACGAAAAAUAGCGUCUCAAACAUGACUGCAGUUCAGUCUACGUAUGACCUCUACCUUGAGCAGCAAGACGAUAGCGAGGAUGACUCCGAACUUCUCGUCUUGGCACGCGAGGCGCGGGCGAUCUUUCUCGCGCUCCUCGUUCUCGAAGAUCCCAAGCUUCAGUCUCAACUGACUGAGUUCCGAGUCGAUGCGACUUACGACAUACAGUCCCGAGGGCAUCAACCCGGCCUGGCCAUCACGCUCUUCGACCGACAGUCCCCAUUCGCCGCACGACUUGGAAGCGGAUUUUCUGCAGCAACAAACAUCACCAAGCUCGACCUUACGCUUAGCAACUUGCCGUACGGUACCGUUGGCGACGUGAUUGUGGAGGAAGGCAGAGUCCGCCGCAUCUUUGAAUCUAUGAUCCACCUAGAGGAAUUGUACCUGGAGCCACAUGGAAUGUCCAUCUUUUCCAUUCUUCCUACUGAGGUGACAUUCGCUCGCCUGCGAUCUGUUCAGUUCAGCUGCGGGCACUUGCACCCCCAGAUGUUCCUCGACUUCGUCCGACGUCACGGCCUCACGUUAAAAACCCUUAUCAUCGAGCACUGCAGCCUCAGGCCCUAUGAUUCAGAGCUACCGUGGUGGAAGAUUACCGAUGAUUUGACCGAGUUCCACGACCAAGCCAUCUUACAGCUGGAGGCAGGGUCCUUUGACAACGUGUUCCAUGGUGGGCCUAUUACUGACUGCGGAAGGAAUGAGACACUGCAGGAUCUCGGGCAGAUCUGGAAGUAUGAUGAGGACGAGAGCGGAAAAUGGGUUCGCUGGCUGAAUGCGCAGGAAGAGGCAGUCAAUGAGAUGCUGCUGAGUGGUGCUUUCGGCCCUGAUCCGUGA